GACCUGGAAGAGGAAAGCUGCGUGAGAUUGCCAAGAAGAUAGUACAACAAUAUCCCUCCUCUUUCCAAGACAGAGAGAUGAAUGGAACCACGGUAAUUGGAACUGGGUAUGAUUCAGUGUUCAUACAGCUUGAGAACAGACUUGAGAACAUUAGUAGGCCAUGUACCUUCAACUCGAGGCCAGCAGCAGAAAGGGGAGAUGAGAUAAGAAAGAAGUCCAGCCACUCGGAUCGAUAUGGAUGUGUGGAGUGGCAGCCUGCUGUUGAGAACACUCCUGAACUAGAGUCUAAAAAAGAUGACUUGAAGAACGAUUUCAAGACCCGCCAGCUGGAGGAAUCAGUUGUUCGCAAAUUGAUGACUGACACAUACUCCAUCCAACGAACUGCAAUCAACAAUGGAAGCACUGUGAAAACUCUAAUGGAGGAGUGGCCCUUCCUUUUUGAAGCUGCAUGCAUGUUUGACCACACACACACACUUCUUGGCUUGGAAGUCCAAACAAAGCUGGCAGAGGAGGUGUCCAGAAAGGGAAAGGGCAUCAAAGACUUUCUACAGUCCAGGGGGAUAAAGAUGGCACCCAGUAACGAUCUAGUACAGCUGAUCUCUGGGAUCGCAAAAUUCUUCAGAGAAAAGCCUGAACAACUCUUCCACCCAAGUGAGGAAUCUGCUGCUGCCACACUACCACUGCAAAGCACACCUUGCAUCCUUACCAUGGGUGAUCAUCAUUACAAAAUCGCCGUGGACCAAGAAGUCGUAAACAACCACAUCAGCUCCAUGAUUGUAGCUCUGAGCUACACUUUUGCUGCAUUUUAUGUUUUUAACAUAAAGUACCCAAAAGACAUGGCUCUCACGCUGGAGUUCAUUCAAAGAGUUUUCCUGGGAAUAAAUCCAGAACGAGGGUCAAAGGCUGAGAAGAAGGGAAAGAAACACCCUCACUUGCCCCCAAGACUUCUGAAGUUCUUGUGUGAACUGAACAGUUUUGAAAACCCCUGGAUGGAAAUGUGAACAUUUGCAUGCAUGUGCACGCACGCGCGCACACACACACACACACACACACACACACAAAGCUGAGUUUCUGCUGAGGUCUGGAAUGCCCCUCAACUCCCACCCCUUAAUUGUUUAGGUGCGUGUUUCUUUUUUUUUUGUUCUUUCUUAAGAGACUUUGAAACCUGUUUGUUGGGAAUCAUAGACCUCACCCUUCAAUCCAAUUUAAAAGUUACAAAUAUCAAAUCAUUUUGUGGGUUUUGUAUGUUGCAUGACGUUCUUAAAAAUGACAGGGUGCUAGUCAUAAUGAAUACUUGAUGAAAUUUGUGGUGGUGUUAAAUAUUCUUGAAUUAAUUAUUUGUGAAUUAACAGCAUGACUUCCCAUAGACCUGUCCCUUCAAUCCAAUUUAAAAGGUACAAAUAUCAAA